AUGGACCCCCUCCCGGCCGUGCUGGGCGCCGCUGCCCUGCUGUUGCUGCUCCUCGCUGCGCGGCUUCUCCUAGCGAGGCGGAACAGCAGCCCGCGGACAGCUCCCCUCAGCCUCCUGGUGGUGGCCGGCUCCGGAGGACACACAACAGAAAUCCUGAGGUUACUCAGCAGUUUGUCCCAGUCAUACUGUCCUCGACAUUACAUUUUUGCAGAUUCAGAUAAAAUGAGUGAAGAUAAAAUACGUACUUUUGAACAAAAAAGAGCUGAAACUUUCUCCAAUUCCCAGUUUACCCUUAAUCGUAUUCCCAGAUGUCGGGAGGUGCGCCAGUCUUGGAGCUCUUCAGUACUGACAACACUGUACUCCAUACUUUACUCCUUUCCUUUGACUUUCAGACUAAAGCCAGAUUUGAUAUUGUGCAACGGACCAGGAACAUGUGUUCCUGUCUGUAUAUCUGCCCUUCUUCUUGAGAUACUGGCGCUAAAGAAAGUUAUCAUUGUGUAUGUAGAGAGCAUCUGCCGAGUGGAAACUUUAUCCCUGUCUGGAAAAAUUCUUUACUACUUUUCGGAUUACUUCAUUGUUCAGUGGCCUGCUCUGAAGGAAAAAUAUCCCAAGUCUGUAUAUCUUGGUCGAAUAGUGUGACAACAAAAGGCAAACUUUAUUUAUAAUGAAUUCACAUUUCUGCAGGUAGCUCCUCUUUAUAGUUAAAGGAAUAUAUUUAUUUUUUCCACA